UUUCAGCAGCUCGAUCUUCCGGUACCUAAAGCCUAGAAAGACGGUAGGGAAGGGGCCCGAAGGCUUUUCAAGAAUGGCGCUGAAAGUGCUUUCAGCGCUUGACACUGCAAGAACUCAGUUAUACCACUUCAAGGCCAUCAUCGUAGCCGGCAUGGGCCUCUUCACCGAUGCCUACGACCUCUUCUGUAUCCCUCCGAUCUUGAGGCUGAUUGGACGGGUGUACUACGAGAACGAGUCCGAGGACGAAGAGUACAAGAUUCCGCCGGGCGUUGUGUCGACAAUGGUGGCUAUGUCUCUUUUGGGGACCGUGAUUGGUCAACUCGUGUUUGGUAGGCUCGGUGACCUUGUCGGAAGGCGCCGCGUGUACGGGCUCGCAUUGAUGACCAUGGUGCUCAGCUCCAUAGGAUGUGGGCUUUCGGUAUGUACGACGAGGAGCUGCGUUCUGGUGAGUCUCGGGUUUUUCAGGUUCUUGUUGGGGAUUGGGAUUGGUGGAGACUACCCGUUAUCGGCUACGAUCAUGUCGGAGUUCGCUAACAAGAAGACACGUGGAACGUUCAUAGCUGCAGUUUUCACGAUGCAGGGGUUUGGGAUUUUGGCUGCUUCCGCGGUCACGAUGGUGGUGUGUGCCGUAUUUGAGCGUGCAUCAGGCAAUGCUGUUUCGAAAGAUCCGACGCCCAGAGAAGCUGAUAUCGCAUGGAGACUGAUACUAAUGCUGGGUGCUGUCCCAGCUGGGUUGACAUAUUACUGGCGGAUGAUGAUGCCUGAAACUGCCAGAUAUACAGCUUUGGUUGAGCAAAAUUAUCUCCAGGCAGCUAAGGACAUGGAGAAAGUGUUGGAAGUUUCGAUAAGUCAGAUAGAAGAAGACAGCCCACCGCCACAAAAUCCACCAUCUUAUCCCCUCCUCUCAAAGCAGUUCGUUCGUCGCCAUGGGCGUGAUCUAUUCUCUUGCGCCGCCUCAUGGUUCCUUGUUGACAUUGUCUUUUACAGCAACAAUCUCUUCCAGUCUCAGAUAUACAAACGUUAUGUCCCAGGGAGUGAUAAAGUGAAUGCCUAUCAAGAUGCUUUCAAUGUAGCAAAACUCCAAGCGAUUGUAGCAAUCUGUUCCACAAUUCCAGGCUACUGGUUCACUGUCUAUUUCAUCGAUCGCAUUGGAAGAGUCAAAAUCCAACUAAUGGGUUUUUUCUUGAUGGCAGUUGUUUAUUUAGCGAUUGGGAUACCCUACAACAUGUACUGGGGAGAAAACACAAAUGUAGGUUUCAUGAUGCUCUACGGGCUCAUCUUUUUCUUCUCCAAUUUCGGGCCAAACGCUACCACUUUCAUCGUGCCGGCGGAACUCUUUCCUGCUAGAUUUAGAUCAACAUGUCACGGCAUUUCUGGUGCUGCUGGGAAGGUGGGGGCAAUUAUUGGGUCUAUUGGGUUUCUGUGGGCUUCGCAUAACCGGAAAGAGGAUGGUUACCCCAAAGCAAUAGGAAUGCCUGCCUCUUUGGUGAUUCUGAGCGGAGUUUGUAUUGCCGGAAUGGUGGUAACGAAGUUUUUCACACGAGAAACGAUGGGGAGAUCAUUAGAGGAGAAUGAGACUGAUGAAGAGCGUACAUACUGAGCUUGCUUUUAUGCAGUCACAUUCGUUUAUUGCUGCCUAGAGCUUUCUCUACCUCUCUCCUUCUCAUCAUCCACAAGCCCGGCUACAGGAAAUGAAUGCAUGAUGUUUAGGACUUUGUACAUGCUGGAGAAUCGUCUGCACAUAAAGAGUAAGAAAUACCGAGUCUUAGGCCAACACUUUUCCUUGUCGUUUGGUCAUACCGAAUUGUAAUAUUUUCAACAAAA